AUGGAGAAUAUAAAAAUGCCAUGGUAUCUGAAGCAGACAAGCGGUGAGAUAAUUGAGAAGUUCAGGUAUAUUCAGCGUCAGGAAGAUUUGAGAUUGAGAGAUGCUACGUUGAACCCACUGGAUUCAAGAUGGAGUCUAGGGGUGUCGGUGUCCGAGGAGAAUGACGAUAGAAACAGAUACGUCAAUAUCAUGCCCUAUGAGAAGAAUAGAGUGAAGUUAAAUGUAGAAGGUGGAAACGAUUAUAUCAAUGCUUCCUAUGUUAAGGUGUUUGUUCCAGAACAAUCUCUGACACCCGGGCACUACAUCGCCACACAAGGGCCCACAAAGAACACAUGGCAGCAAUUCUGGCAAAUGUGUUACCAACAGUGUCCCGAGGAUAAUAUCGUGAUUGUUAUGGUGACUCCACUACAAGAGGGUGGCAGGGAAAAAUGCUAUAAAUAUUGGCCCAGAAACGAGUCAGAAACGCUAUCUGUUCCGCGAACUCAAUCAUCUGGUGAAUUUGAGAAAGACUGCAGUGAGUUCAAAAUUGACCUAGAAGUCUUUUUCGAACGUUCAGAAAGGGAGAACGACUAUACACUUUCUUUUCUCAAGCUCAAGCCGCUCGAUAGUGCAUUUCCAACAAAGACAGUUCAUCACUUCUAUUUUGACCAAUGGAGUGACAUGUCAAAACCAGACGAAAUUGUGCCAAUUCUGAAACUAUCAAAUCAUUGCCAUGUUUUAAAUUCCCCUCCGAAUCCGAUUAUUGUACACUGCUCUGCAGGAGUUGGUCGCACGGGAACCUUCAUUACUUUGGACCAUUUAAUUCAUAAUACAAUUGACUUCUGCGAGAACGACCCAUUGACGAAUUAUAAACAUGAUCUAAUCGAGCAAAUAGUUCUACAACUUCGUUCGCAAAGACUACGCAUGGUCCAAAUGUCUGAUCAGUACUUAUUUGUAUAUCAUGCUGCCAAGCAUGCAUUUAGCAUGAAGCGUGUCAAGUGA